AUGAAGUUCCUGUUGUUGACUGUUCUUCCACUGAUAGAAGCAUUUACAUGCCCCGCAAAUACCAUAUACCAUGAGGAAUUUUCCAGAUGCUACAAAUUUUCUACCGAUGCACUGCCAUUUUACAUGGCAGAAGAAGCUUGUAUCGAUCUCGGUGGACACCUCAUUUCUCUUGGAGAUGGGCUCGAAAAUGCAAUGGUAGCUGAGACGGCACAGCAGCAGAAGAUCGGUUCCUCCUAUUUUAUUGGAAUCAACAAACUCAACGGAAAUGCUUGGUCCAACACAGAUGGCGAGGCAGUGAACUACACUAACUGGGCAAGCGGACAGCCGACAGCCACCGCAGCUUGCGCCACUGCAACUGCUGCUGAUGGAAUCUGGAAGUCCGUGUCAUGCUCAAAUCCAUACCCCUAUGUCUGCGCUAUUUCUACAAUAGUCCCAGUAGUCACAUGUCCUCCAUGCCCAACUAUUGGAUGUCCAGCUCCCCCAGAUCGGAAUCGGUCGAGCAAUAUUAGACUGCUAAAAUUUAUCAUGAAACUUUUAGCACCGCCCGGUCGAUGCCAAUCUGGUUGGACUUACUUUGCCAAGACUGACGCUUGUUACAAG